AUGCGCUGCUCCACUCUCACCCUCCUCUUCCUCCUCACGCAGGCAGCUGGGCUAACGGUCCCAAAGGCCAGCCCUGGCAAGAAGAGGCAGAAGAGAGACUGGGUCAUCCCUCCAAUCAAGUGCCCUGAGAAUGAGAGGGGGCCCUUCCCCAAGCUGCUGGUUCAGAUCAAAUCCAAAAGGGACAGAGAGAUCAAGGUUUUCUACAGCAUCACGGGGCAGGGCGCAGACACCCCCCCUGUGGGUGUCUUCACCGUCGAAAGGGAGACGGGGUGGCUGCAGGUGACGAAGCCGCUGGACAGAGAGGACAUCAGCCACUACACGCUCUUUUCCCACGCUGUGUCUGCGAAUGGGCAGCCCGUGGAGGACCCCAUGGAGAUCAUCAUCACCGUGAGCGACCAGAACGACAACAAACCCCAGUUCACCCAGAGCGUCUUCACAGGCUCCAUAGAAGAAGGAGCCAAGCCAGGUACCUCUGUGAUGCAAGUGACAGCCACAGAUGCAGAUGACAGUGUAAACACCUACAAUGGGGUCAUUACUUACUCCAUCCUGCAGCAGAUACCUGAACAACCCCACAGCGGGAUGUUCGCCAUCAACUCUGAGAAUGGCGUCAUCAGUGUGAUUGCAACUGGGCUGGACAGAGAGACUGCCCCCCAGUACAGGCUGAUAGUGCAGGCUGCAGAUCUGCAGGGACACGGGUUCACAGCCUCCGCCACUGCUGUCAUCGAGGUGCAGAGUGUGGAGACGCUGCUCCCCUGCUGCACACACCAGUGA